UCCCGCCGCCCGCGAGGCGGCCGCCCCCGGCGCUGCCCCCGCCCCGGCGCUGGGCUCGAGGCCGGCCGGGAGGCGCGGGGCAGCUCCGAAGCAUGGAGCCGCCGCCGCCUCUGGAGCAGCCGCCGCGCUCGCGCUCGCACACGGUGACCACCACCAGCAGCUCCUUCACCGCCAACCUGUCGGCCAGCUCCAGCACCCUCGCCUACGACAGGGAGUUCCUGCGGACCCCGCCCGGGCUCCUCAUGGUGGCCGAGAUAAUAUUAGGGCUGCUGGUGUGGACCCUGAUUGCUGGAACAGAAUACUUUCUAUAUCCAGCCUUCGGCUGGGUGAUGUUUGUAGCUGUGUUUUACUGGGUUCUCACUGUCUUCUUUCUGAUCAUCUACAUGACCAUGACCUACACCAGGAUCCCCCAGGUGCCAUGGACCACAGUGGGUCUGUGUUUUAAUGGGAGUGCCUUCAUUUUGUACCUCAUUGCUGCCAUUGUAGAUGCAUCUUCAGUUACCAAAGAACUGGACAGUCACAAUUACAACAGUUGGGCAGCUUCUUCAUUCUUUGCCUUCGUGGUUACCUCCUGCUAUGCUGGAAAUACAUAUUUUAGCUUUAUAUCUUGGCGAUCAAGAACUUUGCAGUAAAAAUUGUGUCGAAAUGAAUUCUGUAGAAUAAAACAUCUUGAGGAUUAUACUCUUUUGAUGGGAGCUUGGAAAAAGGAUUAGGUCUUCUGGAACAUUUCUGUUGUAAUUGAAGAAAUAUAUUUAAACUUAGAUUAAAAUGAAUAUUUAUAAUAUGAUAUCAUAUUUAGUGACAUCUAACAUUGACUUUGUACUGCUUCUUUUAAAAUUAACAUGGUAUUUUUCUAGACAUUGUAUAGAUGUUAUAACUAAACCUUUAAUAAACUUUACUCAGAUUACAUGCUAGUUUGGGAAUUUUAACUUUUUUAAAUGUUAUAUGUGUACUUUUGAUAAUGAAUGCUACAAAUCAAAACUAAGAUUGAUAUUAUAUGUAUAGAAAGUGAUCUUGUGAAGAAGAAAAAAAAAAAGCUUUAAAGACAAAUAAAUCAUUGACCCAGCUUUGAAUGUUUUGUAAA